AGGAUCCUCACGGUGCCAAACGCAUUGCGGGCGCUCGACACUGCGGAACAAAUAAUUUUUUUCAUUCGCUCGACUCUCCUUUCUCCUCUCAUAUUUCCUUCUUUCUCUCUUCUAUACUCUCCCUCUCUACACAAAGGAGGCACUCUUCCACUUUCGGUGAAAUCUGCAUUUAAUCCCUCACCCUGAGCUCAACUCUAACCCAAUUUCUCUCUAUCCCCAUCGCAAUCGAAUUGGGUCUGAGUCACCAAGGAGAUCGGACUCGGUUGGAGCGCCAGAUAAUUGAGGUGUGAAACGCUGCAUUUUGGGUGGGGUAUAUAGUUUGGAAUUGAUUCGAGCGAGAGGAGGACGACAGAGAAAGAGGAGGCUUAGCUAUGGAUGCUGAUUCCUGGAAGCCUGAAGCAGGUCCAAUAGCACACCUUCUUAUAUGACAGGGCUGGAUGAAAACAGAAAUGGUUUUUAUGAAUUCUGUUGCAGUAUCUUUUACUAGGCGCAGGUGGUUCUCCUCCUCUUCCCCUUCAGCACCAUCAUCUUCACUUCCAUGGAUCUCUCCUCUUCAAUUGUCAAAAGCCACCUUGCCCAAACCAGACCCUCCAACCGAACCCUCUGUAGAAGUUCAAAAGAAAUCCAAGUAUAUCUCUCACGAAUAUGCCAUCAACCUAAUCAAACGCGAGAGAGAUCCACAACAUGCCCUUGAAAUAUUUCACUUGGUAGCAGAGCAAAAAGGUUUUAAUCACAAUUGCGCAACUUAUGCAACUAUCCUCGACAAACUCGCCUGGUCCAAGAAGUUUCAGGCUGUUGAUGCAGUUCUUCGUCAAAUGACUUAUGAAACUUGCAAAUUUCAUGAGGGUAUAUUCCUUAAUCUUAUGAAGCAUUUUUCAAAAUCCUCUCUGCAUGAAAGAGUGCUUGAGAUGUUCUUUGCGAUUGAGCCAGUUGCUCGUGAAAAGCCCUCUCUCAAAGCCAUCAGCACUUGUCUCAAUCUCCUAGUUGAAUCAAGCCGGAUUGAUUUGGCACGACAGUUGCUCUUGCAUUCAAAGAAGAAGCUCAAAUUGGAGCUGAAUACCUGCAUUUGUAACAUCUUGGUUAAGCACCAUUGCAAGAACAGGGAUCUUGAAUCUGCCUUUGAAGUUGUUAAUGAAAUGAAAAAAUCCAAGAUUUCCUAUCCUAAUUUGAUUACGUACUCAACCCUAAUGGAUGGUCUUUGUGAAAGUGGAAGAGUCAAAGAAGCUGUUGAACUGUUUGAGGAAAUGGUCUCAAAGGAUCAUAUCUUUCCUGAUGCACUAACUUACAAUGUUUUGAUCAAUGGGUUUUGCCGUGGAGGGAAAGUUGAUCAGGCUAGGAAGAUAAUGGAAUUUAUGAGGAGCAAUGGAUGCAAUCCAAAUGUAUUCAAUUACUCAUCCCUGAUGAAUGGGUUUUGUAAGGAGGCAAGACUGCAAGAGGCCAAGGAGGUUUUUGAUGAGAUGAAGAGCUUUGGUCUGAAACCGGAUACAGUUAACUACACUACUUUAAUCAAUUGCCUCUGUAGGGCUGGGAAACUUGACGAAGCCACGGAGUUGCUCAAAGAGAUGAAAGAAAAAGAAUGCAAAGCCGAUACGGUGACUUUCAAUGUGAUACUUGGAGGACUGUGCAGAGUAGGUAGGUUCGAGGAGGCCCUUGAUAUGGUUGAGAAACUUCCCUACGAUGGUAUUUAUCUGAACAAAGCAAGUUACAGGAUUGUGUUGAAUUUCUUAUGCCAAAAAGGGGAGUUGAACAAGGCGGCAGACUUGUUGGAUUUGAUGCUGGGUAGGGGGUUUCUGCCUCAUUAUGCAACUUCAAACGAGUUGCUGGUUCGCCUCUGCAAGGCUGCAAUGGUGGAUGAUGCAGUUAUUUCAUUGCUUGGAUUGGUAGAAAUGGGGUUUAAACCAGAGCCUGACUCUUGGAGUCAUGUGCUUGAACUGAUUUGCAGAGAAAGAAGGCUGUUGUCUGCAUUUGAACUGCUUGAUGAAUUGGUUGAUCCCAUCAACUAAAUAUUGGAAGCAAUAAGAAAAUUGAAUCCUUGGUAUGACAAGAACGCAGACGAAAUCAGGUGUAGAUAAUGUUAGAAAAGAAAAAGGCAGCAGCCCUUUUGAUCCAUUUUGCAAUAUUGACCUAUUUAAUCAACGGUAGGUUAGAAAUUGCCAUGUUAUGAGGUGAUACGCACUUACACUUUUGUGCUUCCUUCAGAGUGAAGUUAAUUGACCAAAUGUUGUACAAUCAGUGUACUUUAAUCAUGCUAUAGACAUCAAAUUG